AUGGCGAGAAGAUCAAGGGGGGCUGCUACUACAGCUGUAGCACCUGUGACUAGAGCAACAAGGUCUCGAACACGACUACAAGCAGCUGAAGCGUUAGCUGCCGAACUAAAUGCAAGUCGCGAUAAUUGUGAAGAAAGCUUGGAUUCAACUACAGCAUCAGAAACUUCAAUGGUUGAUGAAAAAAGUAGCGAAUUGAGCAGAGAAGAUUCUUCAUGCUCUUCUGAGAUUAUCAAUAGCACACCCUCUCCUGAAUUAAAUGUUUCAAAUGAGGAAAUUUCACUUGAUGUUCCACAAAAGGAUAGCCCCCCUGUUAUGAAAACCGAGGAUCAGAAAUGUGAGGAUGAAGAGCAGGAACAAAAGGAAAAACUUAAAAAAGAAGUCAAAGAUCUAUUAGAUAUCACCGUUAAUGAGGUUGUUAAAGCCCAGCGCCUUCCAAAUAUCGAUCCGGCUACGACGAGUGUGCAGAGUAAUGUACGAGUUAGAGGUGUAUACCACACGAAAGAAUUUCUAGAUGUAGAGCAUCGUCAAUCUUCUGGGGAUAGUACUGUGAAAAAGGAUUUCAACGAAAUUCAGAAAAGUGCUCCUGAAAAGCAGGAAAGCAAAAGUUGUUCUAUUAGUCCAAGUUCAACUUCCACCGUUAAUCACUGUAAAGAUAUAUCUUCCACUGGUUCAGAGGAAUUUUCUGUCCGUUGCAAAGCUGAGGACAGUUCCUUCUUGAAAUCUCUUUCUCAGGAUUCUACAGAGUUAACGUCGUUAACAGACUCAACUGCGCCAAAACCUUUUGAAGUUUCAUCAGAUAUAGCUGCUGGAACUUCUGAGAGACAGGAAGAAGACAGUUCUAUGGGACAAACCUCCAUGAAAGAAGAGUCUCCUACUUUGGAGGAUACCGAGAUUCCUAUUUUGAGUUCAACAGACAUCGAGCCUAGCAGUGUAUCAAGUUUUAUGGACACAGGUUUAGCUGUAGUAAAAAUAGAGACCCCAGAGAGUACUACGGAAGACAUCAAUCAACCAACAAGCAGCCAAAUAAAAAUCGCUACUUCUUUUCGCUCAAGCACUCCUGACAGUUCUGAAAUGAUAACAAUUGUUUCCUCUUCUACCGCACUGGCUCCACAUUCCCCUGAACAAUUCGGAAGUGAUGUGAUAGUACCGAUGUAUAAUGAAGUCAAAUUAGAAAGUCCUGAGACAGAAUCCAGCGAGAAAAAGCGUUUACCACAGCUCUCUCUAGAUAGUCAAUCAAUCCAACAAUCUACGGCUUGUUGUGAAAUGAAGUCACUCGAAGCUAUUUCAGUCAGUUCAGAAUCAGAACAAAUUCCCACAAUCUCAAUAGAUGAAAGUUUUGGGAGCUCACAUGCAGAACAGGAUGAAGAAUUUUGUGAGAAAAAUGAAACAGAACGUAGUGGUUCCGUUGAAGAAGAAGAGCUUCUUGCAAGUUCAAAAUUAAUAAAACAAGCUCCGGACGAUCUAUCUGCUGGCUGUUCUCAUGUCCCGCCCGCAGAGGAAGUUCUCGAUAUGCACUUAGACAUACAAGAAGAAAAACUUACAUGCUCAAUGAAGGAUGUUGAAAAGGAGCUCAUUCAGACAAACGCGGAAAGUGGAGAAGAUACUGCGAACUCUAUGCAAUCUUUGACCACAAACCAAACUACAACUACCGCCAAUAUUGAUGCGACAAACUUCUACAAUGACCCUAACUCGGAUAUUACGGGAACCCAGGAGAUGGAUAUGGAGGUUUCUGACGAUUCAAGAGAAGCAUCUGUUGAACCUAUAAUAAAUGUAAAGCAAGAUCCUGUUGCUGCUCCAGUAUCGUUUUCGAAUCCCUCUGCAUCCGAAGUAAGGCCACCACCUCCACCUGUAGCGAACGAUGUUCCUCCUCCUCCCGCGGAAGAGUCCUACGCCGAUGAUUUUUAUUUCCCUCCUCCUCCAACGAUGCCUCCUAACAUGGAUCUGAGUCAGUUUUACAUGUCUUUACAUGCCGGUGAUUUUGGUGUUGAGUACACCCAACAGCUUACUCAAUACAUAUCUGAAUCAGUUCAUAAAUGGUAUCAAAUUCACCAGUACUACACAUUUAAUCGGGUGCCUUUGCCUCGGAUCGACCGCUACAAAGCUUUUAUGGAUCACUACGAUGCCUUUCAACGUGUUCAGUACACUGCAGUUAUGAGACCUAAUGCUGAAGCUCAGAAGUUGUCUGAAGAGAGGUCUCGUAAUAGGAUACAAGGUGUUCUCAAGUCUCUAGUUCGUGAUAAGAAGAAGAAAGAAUCUGCUGCCGAGAAGAAUGAAGAACUUUUGUUAUCAGCUGAUGAACACAUCGAAAAGAACGCUGAGGAACCUGAAAAGACGGAAGUCGAAGUAGCCUCACCUGUAGUCCUUAAAUCUGCUGAUACAGUCGUAGUGAGUUCCAUUAAUGAGGUUUUCAAAAAGGCAUCUUUACCUCCAUCUCAUUCAAUUCAAUCACCAAAAAUUGCACAAACUGAGAGGAAUCAUUCUACUGCUCUCUCUGAACAUGAACUAUUGGUAUCCAACUCAAUUUCGGAGGUGAAGCCCGAUUAUACUGUAGAUCCUUCCGAGUUGUUAGGAGUUCCCUCUGUACCUGCUUCACAAACUAAAAUGAAGCAAGACAGAAGUCGUAGUCGGAGCCCGAGAAGGAAAAAGUCCUAUUCAAGAUCACGUAGCCGUCUCGAUCCCGAUCUCGCAGUAGAAGUUAUGGAAGAUCUCGUAGCAGGAGCUACUCCAGGAGUAGAACAUCUCAUAGUAGAAGCCGUUCAAGAAGUCGACGACGUGGAAGAAGCCGAAGCAGAAGUCGCUCUCCCAGAAGAUAUCGUAGCAGAAGUCCUCGCGGAUACCGGCAGAAGAGUCCUCGAAGGUGGCACCGAGGUUAUAGAUCUUUUCGCAAUAACCGGGGUGGGAGGAUAUGGAGGAUUCAAUGAUAGAUACAAAAAGAGGAAUUAUAGUCGAUCUCCUGUUAGAGAGCCCCAUUUGCCCAAUGAAGAUACGAACCCUGUGGAAAAGGUAGUUGAAAAGAUGGAAGAGUCAAUGAUGCCAGAAGUGGAAGAGCAAAUAGAUGAAGUUGUGGUCGAGGAACCUCCGUUCCCCAAAUUUGAAGAGAUCGAGACUCUGAUUUAUAUGGAUGAAAAAGUUUCUAAAAAUGGCAAGAAGAGAAGACUGGAAACAGAUUUAGACUGUGAUUGUCGGAAAAACAAUCUUGAUUGCUCUGACAAUCGGUGUAUAAAUCGCGAAAUGAUGUUCGAAUGCUCAUCAAAGUGUGGUCCGCAGUGUAAAAACAGACGAUUUGCUCUGAGACAAUAUGCCAACGUGAAACCUUUUUACACAGGUCCCAAUAAAGGAUGGGGUGUUCGGGCUCUGGAAGUUAUCCCUAAGGGAACGUUCAUUACUGAGUAUAUUGGUGAAGUUGUUACUAAUGAAGAGUUUGCCAGUAGACAGAAGAAAUAUGCCAAAGAUCCCAAUCAUACACAUCAUUAUAUUUUUGAACUUGGACAGAAACUGAUUGAUGCUACUGUUAAAGGAAACUCAUCUCGCUUUAUCAACCAUUCUUGUGACCCUAAUGCCAUCUGCCUUAAGUGGGCAGUUCCGAAAACACCAAGAGAUGUCAGUAGAAUCGGAUUUUUUGCUAAGACUGAUAUUGCCAUCGGGGAUGAGAUCACGUUUGACUAUCAGUUCUGUAACUACGGGCGAACAGCUCAAAGUUGUCAUUGUGGCUCUGCGAACUGUAAAGGUGUUAUCGGGAAGAAACCGGAUCUCGGUGAUUUCGAUGAUGAGGAAGUCUACGAUGAGGAUAGUGAAGAGUUCGACGAUGUUGAAGAGCCUGAAGAAGAGAAAGAACGUGAGCAAUUAAGAAUUGAGAAGGAGGAACAACUGGAAGCCAAAGCAAUCUUCUAUCUUAACACUAUUCAUUCAGAAGGAUAUUAUGGAAGAAAGCAGCUUGCUAAGAAUGCCGCUAGAUUCGUCAAAUAUUUGGCUAAUGUCCUGACUACGGAGAACAGGAUUCGUAUGCAGAGUCUCAUAGAGAGAGCUGACUCUGAGUUCUACCAAGGAAUGAAGAGAAACAAUCUAUUUAAUAUUCUUCUUCAAUGGGUUAGCACAUCUGGUUGGGAACGGCACGAUCUGGAUUUGAAAAUUGGAGUUCUGAGAAUGAUUGAAGAAAAAGACAAAGAUAAUUUCAUUGAGAAGGCUGUGGGAUGGAAUCAAGAAAAUUUUCCUAUUCUUUGUGAACUAGCCAAAGGAAUACUUCCUGAUGAUAUUGCUUGUGUCGAUACUUUGGAGCAAGUAGUAGAGAAAGUUUGCGGGGAUGAUCCAGAGGCGGAAGGAGACGGAAAUCUUGCGAGUUAUACUGGAUUAGUUUUCAAUGAGAUGACCGAGAUAGCUUCGCGUUUGGCCGGUGACGAAAACAUCAAGAAAGGAGUAGAAACAACGGGAUUGAAGGUCUUCAAAAUUCCUAAAAAGGUCCGAGAAAAAACUGUGGAGAGUAAGGAACCAGUAGCGGAAAAAAUUGAUGCGAGCAGGGACAAAAUUGACCAACGUAUCCAAUUCAGACAAGGUUUUCCUGGCUAUAAUGGUAAACGUGAUUUAGAUAGAGGCAUGAAAAGAAGAUAUGAUGAUCGAUAUCGUCGUGAUGAUGAAAAAAGCUCCAAUAGGGAUGGGACCUACAGGAACGACUUCAAGAGAACACGCCGAUCUCGUUUCGAUCAAUCUCCAGUUCAUUCACCGCUCGCUUUGGCCGUCAAUGCCGAGAACUCAGGUUCCACCGAUUCUCCGGUUACUUCAAUGUCUAUUGAUUCCUCAUUGUCUCCUACCAAAGCAGCCAUGAAAAACGUGCUAUCUUCUGCCCAAUCUUCUACUCAUUCUUCAUCUUUUGAAUCAUAUCAUCAGAACAUGGCAAUGUGGCAGUCUUAUAUGAGCAUGGGUGCAUAUCCAGCACCAUAUCCUAUGAUGACAUUUUCAGCUCAGAAGGCGAACAUGUCUGAUUCCGACAAGAAAAUAGGAUAUUAUAUGUCCAUGAGGCUGGAACAGUUGAAGCAUUUCCGUACGUCCUAUGAAAUGGAGAUCAAGUAUCUAGAUGUUGCCAUCAAGAAGAAAGAAGCUGAGGCUGCUCUAGCGAAAGCUCACCAAGAAGCUGCUGCAGCAGCAGCUGCCGCUGCUGCAUUAGCGAGGGAAGCAACAAGGAAUGAACCUGAUUCAGUACAUUCUUCUCAAUCGGCUCCUCCUCCUCCACCCGAAAAAAGGAGAUCUACUUACGCUAGGGCUCUAGAUGCUGAUGGAACUGUAUACUAUUAUCAUAAGGAAACUAGAGCGACGUGCUGGGAGCUUCCUGAAGGAGAACACUGCGAUGAAAAUGAUGCUGUUCCUUAUACGCAGACGCAACAGCCCGACUCAUCCAUGAAGGAAGAUGAGGAACCUAAGUGUCAAAUGGACAUUGCUGCACGCGCUAUUGAAAUAUUCUCCUCACCUCCUGGAGGUACAGAAAAUAAAGUGGAAGAGGUUCCUCAAACCACGGGUAGUGUAGAAAUUCUGAGUGAUUUGUCAGAAGACGAAAAACAGAAACGUAUUCGGGUAUUUAAACUUACGGUUGAAAGGGAAGUUAAGCCCAUAAUUGACUCAUUCUUGAAAGGGAUUCCUUCUGCGGAUGCUAAUCGUAGACUAUGGCUCAUAAAACAAGUAGCUAAAGAGAUGUAUAAACGUGAGAGUAGUAAGCCUGAUUCUGACUUGAAGUUCAACGAUCUAAUCCGAAAGAAAGUUCAUAAUUACACUAAGGCGUUUAUGCACCGGAAAUGCUCCGAUGGCGCGAAGGAUCUUUGGAAAGGUAUUGGGGAUGUUAUCGCUUUGAAAUGUGCCAAUGCUUGGUCUACUAUUUGUGAGGAGCGUUGCACAGAAAACUUAUCUUUAAAAGAAGUGAAAGAGCUUUCAAAUGAAGAUUAUCAGAAGCUGGUUCUUCAAAAGGGAAAUAAACGGAAAGUCAACUCUCCUUCGAUCGCCACGAAGAAAAGCCGUGCUUGUGAAGACGAUUAUUCUGAAAAAAUAGUGGCUCCUGCACAACCGCGUGCUUCCAAGAUUAUUAGUGACUUUGAUUGUUUCGUCCAUAACGAUCAUGAAACGAUAGAAGAUGUAGUCGCUCCUAUAACUGCUCCUCAGAUUCCAUAUUCUCAAGAGUCUGUGUCAUCUAUAAGAUCUGAAUCUAAUAGCAUCGAAUAUCUUAGUUGCCAACCAUUUCAACAACCUGAGAUAAUAUUGAUAUGCGAUAACAGAGAGCAUCACGGAAAUAAAAGAGGAAAAACAGUUGUUGAGCAGUUAACGAAGUCUGAUAUCAGAUUUGAGCUGCGUUCACUAUCUGUCGGUGAUUACUUAUGGGUUGCUCGGUUAAUUGACGGUUCAGAGUUAGUACUUGAUUGGGUUGUUGAAAGGAAAACAUGGGAUGAUUUAAAAUCAAGUAUUAGGAAGGGAAGGUACGAUGAGCAGAAACAAAGAAUUUGCAAAGCUCCAAUGAAGAAUCGAGUUUAUUUAAUUGAAGGUCGAGGCAGAGGAGAUGUUCCAUGCGAACAGGCUAUCGCCACCACUAUGAUAAGGGAUGAUUUUAUGAUUCAACGUUGUGAAUCUGGGCUUCAAACUGCCAACUUCUUAGCCAUUCUCACCAGAAAGUUGAUUGAAAGAUCUGUGAAAGAAGAGUUGUUCGGGAUAAAAUUUGAAGAUCUUCAAGAUAUCUCGAAAAAGACUCAAGUUCAAACUGUACAAGAUGUGUGGACAAAGCAACUGACAGUCUGUCCCGGAAUGUCAACGACUAAAGCAAAAACAGUUGCUUCUGCAUUCCCGUCUUUUUCAACCUCCGCAGCGGUGACGGACCUACAAUUUUUCAGAACAACAAAUUAUUUGAAAGAUGCGGUAGAAUUCUCCCGGACUCUCAAAUCCACUGAGCAAAAUUAA